AUGGAGCCCGCGGAGGCGCCGCCGAGCGAGCUGGUGUCGGCGGAGGGCCGGAACCGGAAGGCGGUGCUGUGCCAGCGCUGCGGCUCGCGGGUGCUGCAGCCGGGCGCGGCGCUCUUCUCCCGCCGGCAGCUCUUCCUGCCCUCCAUGAGGAAGAAGCCGGCCCUGGCGGAUGGCGGCAGCCCCGACGGGGACCUCCUGCAGGAGCACUGGCUGGUGGAGGACAUGUUCACCUUCGAGAACGUGGGCUUCACCAAGGACGUGGGCAACGUCAAGUUCCUGGUGUGCGCCGACUGCGAGGUCGGGCCCAUCGGCUGGCACUGCCUGGACGACAAGCACAGCUUCUACGUGGCCUUGGAACGGGUCUCCCACGAGUGA